UGUCCAUUCAUCCCUUUUCAUGUCUGCGCCUUCACACUUGCGUGUGCACCCUCUGCACAUCGCUCUCCCACGCUCACGCCUCAUCUCUGCACUUGCCGGUCCCUGCCUCCUCCCUACUUGCCAUGCUCCAUGCGGCACACCGCAGGUGUCUCGCCUGCCCGUGGUGGCUCGGCUCCCUGAUGGGCGCAGGACGCUCACCGGCAUCAUCACAUGCAGCGACAUUCUCAGGCACACUCUCCUUCUGCUAUAG